AUGACAUUUUCCGGAAUUCCAUUUCCCGGAAAGGACGUUUUCCGGAAUGGACAUUAUCCGGAAUGGACGUUUUCCGGAAUGGACGUUAUCCGGAAUGGACAGUAUCCGGAAUGGACGUUAUCCGGAAUGAAAUUUCCCGGAAUGGACGUUUCCCGGAAUGGACAUUUCCCGGAAUUAUUUUUAUAUUACCUGAUAUGAGAAUGAAUGGAAUCUUGCCUACUCACCUACUUGUGGUUAAGAAUUAUUUAGUUUGUACUCCGUUGGUUUUGACAACAAUAUUAAUAUAAAUACAUGAAUGAUAAAAAGAAAGUGAAAUGUUCGGACAUGAACAAUAGAAGCAAGUGUUGACUAUUGAAACAAUACUUUAUCAACCACCACGAGAUGUAACAAUGUAGAUCGAUAGAUAUUAGAUGUUUUUUACAUUCUUUCAAUGUGUUGUUAUGUAAGAAUUUUUCCUUCUUUUGUUAAUCAUUUGACUUAUGUGACUAAAUUCUACCAUAUUUAACUAUAAAGCAGAAUGAUUAUUUUCAAAGAAGGGAAAACCUGAAGAAAAUAAAAAGCUUUUCAGAAAAUCAAUGUGUAAUAAGUUCUGUCAAGAAAAUAAAUAGCUUGAGUGUAUUUUUAAAGAAUGAAAAACCUCAAGGAAAAAUACAUUAUACAUUGAUUUUCUGAAAAGCAUUUUUUUAACUUGAGAUUUUCCCUUCUUUAAAAAUACACUUUCUUUCAUCAAAGUAAUGGGAUUUUAUGUAAGAAUUUUCCCUUCUUUUGUUAAUUCUACUAAAUUUCAACUAGUUUUUGUUAAGGAACUCUGCACUAUAAAGAAGAAUGUGUUUUUUUUAAAGAAGGGAAAUCUUCUAGAAAAAAAAAGCUUUCAGAAAAUCAAUGCAUAAUGUAUAUUUUCUUGAGGUUUUCCCUUCUUUAAAAAUACACGAUCUUUAAUCGAUGUGAUGGAAUUUCGUUUAAGGGAUUUCCCUUCUUGUGUUAAUCUGUUGACUUUUGUGACUAAAUUCUACCAUUUUUUUAUAAAGCAGAAUGUUUAUUUUCAAAGAAGGGAAAACCUCUAGUAAAUGAACAGCUUUUCAGAAAAUCUAUUUAUAAUGUGUACUUCCUUGAGGUUUUUCAUUCUUUAAAAAUACACUCAAGCUAUAAAUUUUCUUGGGGUUUUCCCUUCUUUGAAAAUAAUCACCCUGCUUUAUAGUAAAAUUUGGUAGAAUUUAGUCACAAUAGUGACCUGAUUAACACAAGAAGGGAAAUCUCUUACACGAAAUUCCAUCACAUCGAUUAAAGAUCGUGUAUUUUUAAAGAAGGGAAAACCUCAAGAAAAUAUACAUUAUACAUUGAUUUUCUGAAAAGCUUUUCAUGUCUGCCUGUGUGGAUCAAUCGGACCGCACACUGUACUCACAAUCGAGAGGUCGCCGGUUCGAAUCCCGAGGCAGACGCAAAAUGUUGAAAAAUAGGUUUUGGGCACCUAUGCUUAUGAUUUUCUGAAAAGCUUUUCAUUUUGCUAGAGGUUUCUCUUCUUUGAAAAUAAACAUUCUGCUUUAUAAUAAAAUUUGGUAGAAUUUAGUCACAAAAGUCAACCGAUUAACACAAGAAGGGAAAUUCCUUACACGAAAUUCCAUCACAUCGAUUAAAGAUCGUGUAUUUUUAAAGAAGGGAAAACCUCAAGAAAAUAUACAUUAUGCAUUGAUUUUCUGAAAGUUUUUUUUUUUUAGAGGAUUUCCCUUCUUUAAAAAAAACACACACAUUCUUCUUUAUAGUGCAAUGUUCCUUAACAAAAACUAGUUGAAAUUUAGUAGAAUUAACAAAAGAAGGGAUAAUUCUUACAUUUUUUUUUGUGGGACUUAAGACUACUUCGACCAUAUAGUUGAUCUAUUGUAGUGUACCCCUAAUUACUGUCGCAUAUAUUCUUACAUAAAAUCCCAUUACUUUGAUGAAAAAACGUGUAUUUUUAAAGAAGGGAAAAUCUCAAGAUAAAAAAAAGCUUUUCAGAAAAUCAAUGUAUAAUGUAUUUUUCCUUGAGGUUUUUCAUUCUUUAAAAAUACACUCAAGCUAUAAAUUUUUUUGACAGAACUUAUUACACAUUGAUUUUCUGAAAAGCUUUUUAUUUUCUUCAGGUUUUCCCUUCUUUGAAAAUAAUCAUUCUGCUUUAUAGUUAAAUAUGGUAGAAUUUAGUCACAUAAGUCAAAUGAUUAACAAAAGAAGGAAAAAUUCUUACAUAACAACACAUUGAAAGAAUGUAAAAAACAUCUAAUAUCUAUCGAUCUACAUUGUUACAUCUCGUGGUGGUUGAUAAAGUAUUGUUUCAAUAGUCAACACUUGCUUCUAUUGUUCAUGUCCGAACAUUUCACUUUCUUUUUAUCAUUCAUGUAUUUAUAUUAAUAUUGUUGUCAAAACCAACGGAGUACAAACUAAAUAAUUCUUAACCACAAGUAAGUGAGUAGGCAAGAUUCCAUUCAUUCUCAUAUCAGGUAAUAUAAAAAAAAUCCGGGAAAUGUCCAUUCCGGGAAACGUCCAUUCCGGGAAAUUUCAUUCCGGAUAACGUCCAUUCCGGAUAAUGUCCAUUCCGAAUAACGUCCAUUCCGGAAAACGUCCAUUCCGGAUAAUGUCCAUUCCGGAAAACGACCAUUCCGGGAAAUGGAAUUCCGGAAAUUGUCAUAGAAUCGGGAAUUUUAAAUACCGCAAUAUUACAUCCAAUACAAAAUUAUUAAAAUGUUUGUAAUUAUCAGUCGCAUUCAAAAAGGAAAAUUACAAUUCUUUGAUUUUUUCAUCAAAACAUAUUACAAACAAGCACCGCGCGAAGAAACGUCAAACGCAAUCUUUCCGUUUCUGUUACUUUUCAGCUGCGUACCGCUUAAGAAAAAUCUUUUCGUGACCCUCUCCUUGACCGUUUCUUGGGCGUUUUUUUGUAUGGAGUUUUGCGUUCCUUCCCAUCUGCGUAUCAGCCUUAAAGAAUUUGUAACUGUUAAUUCGGUUUACUUGAAACCGUCCGCAAUACCAAGCAAGCGGAUCAAACGAAUCGCUCAGAACCCACGAAAACUUAAUCGUUCUACGGCAACAGAAGUGCAAGCGUCUGGAUCAGCUCAAGCAGAGUCAAAGCCGAAGAGUAACUGCAUGUGCAGUGUCUUCAACUGCACGUCACGAUCUGGUAACGGAAUCUUUUUGCACAGUUUCCCACCUAAAUCCGACGAUCGUUACGUAAUUUGGAUGCACAAUUUGAGACAAGGAAAAAGGCCUUCAUCCAAUUACAAAGUGUGCAACAAGCACUUUACUCCUUCGGAUUACACGAAAGGAGGCAAGCGUCUUCUCAACUCGGCAAUCCCGUCAGUCAACUUGCCUAAUGGCACCAACAGCGAGCAUAGUGACAACCCGUAUGAAAAGCCACGGAAAUCUUACCGUGUACCGAAGCCCAUCUGCAAUUCACCCCCCGUUGAUUCAUCCCUGCCUGUUGAUCAGUCACAAACACACAACGAUACAUCUGAUCGGUUUGAGCAAGAUCAGUUACCGAUCAACGAUACAUCCGACCAGUUCGAGCAAGAUCUACCAGCUCAGGGAGGUCAAAAUGAACAAGAAUCAAACCACGUUAGUGCCUCCGGAAGUGCGACUGUUUCCGUUGCAUUGUGCGAGGUGGAGCCAAAGGCAAAACCACGUGUUGCGAAUUAUUUUUCGGACCUUCUCAUUAAUGAUCAUGCAGUGAACGUUUGGACCGGCGUGGAGACGCUUGAACUUCUCGAGCAAAUUUGUAUAAAUACGAAACUUCUCGAAGACGCUGUAUACUCGAGCAAUCAUUCCAUGCACUGUGCUGAUCGUGUGAUCUUAGUUUUAUGCAAACUAAAACAAAAUUUGUCGUUUUCUGCGCUGGCAGUACUUUUUAGAGUGCACGUAUCGACCGUUUCUCGGUAUUUUGCCUUUACCUCUCACGUGCUUGCAGAGCUUAUGUCAAAAUUCAUACAAUUUACUCCAAAAGAGGAGAUCUUGCAAAAUAUCCCGUUAUGCUUCCGUGGUCGUUUUUCGAAUGUGACGUUAGUUCUAGAUUGCACUGAGGUACCGUUAUGCACAAUGAACUGUUUGAAUUGCAGAAUAUCUACUUAUUCGCAGUACAAGUCUAGGCACACUGCUAAAUUUUUAGUUGGUGUAACCCCAGCUGGUCUUAUCUCGUUUUGUGGAAGAGCAUACAGUGGAAAGUCGUCGGAUAAGUUUAUAUUUAACGAAGAAAACGUUAUCAAUCUCCUCACCCCUCACAUAGAUGAGAUUAUGUGUGAUAAAGGCUUUAGCAUAGAUAAUGAGCUGUCAGUUAGAGGUAUCACAUUGCACAUUCCACCGUUUUUGCGAGCUCCCAAACUCACCCCGUCGGAAGCGGAAAUAAAUGAAGGAAUUGCUGAGGCGCGCAUCCACGUGGAACGCAUAAUGGCUCGACUCAAAAAUUUUACCAUAUUGUGCGAUACUAUCGAGCACUGCAUUGUUGGAAACCUGGAUGAUGUCAUGACUAUUGUUUGCGCACUAGUUAAUUUGAGCAAGCCAAUUCUAAAGGAUGAUAAAUUUUAACUGCAGACUGCUAUACUAGAAAAAGGUUCAUAAUCUGUUAUAUUAUGCAUAAGAUGACUGUUGUUAAAUAAAAGUG